AUGGUCACUCUCGCACGUGUUCCACCAGAGCUUCUCUACCAUAUAGCAGAGUAUCUUCACCCUAAGGAUCUAAUGUCGUUAUUAUUUACAUUUCCGGAGAUUGCAAAUCUGUUGACAUAUCAACACUUGUCUGUGGCCGAUAUACAUCAACGAACAGUUUUGCACUCGCUCGCAGAUCCAAAAGUCGAACCGGAGGACACGAAACUCAGGGACAAGGUAGUCAAACGUCUUAUACAAAAUCGAGCUAUUCCCGUCAAUAUUCGUGACAAAUAUGGCUACACCCCAUUGUGGAUCGCAGCUGAUCGGGGAUAUGAAGAGAUGGUAAAGUUGCUCCCAGAGAGAAGCGACCUGGAACCAGAUAUACCGAGCAUACAGGGGGUAACUCCACUUGGACACGUUGCUAGCCAGGAAAAUCAAGCCAUCGUCAAACGACUAUUGGCACAUGGUGGUGUUGAUCCCAUUUGUGAAUAUAGUCCUGACAGGAAGCAGGUAGGAGUAACUCCGCUUGCAACGGCAGCCAUAACUGGACGUGCAGCUAUGGUAAAGUUGAUGAUAGAACAUGUCCCCAAAGAGCAAUUGGAACCUGCUGCCGCCAUGGCUUUCAGAUAUACCGCAAACUUCGGGUGUAAGGAUGUUAUGGAAGUUCUAAUUAACAGUGUUGGGAAUGUCAAUUUCCAAAUCGAAAACGGACAGAGCUUGUUGAUGUACACAUACUCUAGAGGCUACGGGGAUAUUGCGAAACAGCUGUUGACGAAGGAUGGUAUUGACGCAGGUUGUGAAGACAAUAAUGGUAAAACAUUUCUGGGUAUUGCCGUGGGUCGAGGAAAUACCGAAAUGGUGAAGCACCUCGUAGCUCGAGGGGAUGUGAAGACUGUUCUCAAAGCGUAA